AUGCUGCUCGGAUGUCUGUUCUGCAAGUUGCCCUACGACGAGCAAGUUGGACGACCACAUACGCCGUGCCGCACCUACGACCGCAAUCUGCCGCUGUACGGCGCAGUCAAAUGCCACAGUUGUGUCGAUGACGAGGAUUCGACGAUCGCCUGGUGUCUGUUGGAUUUGGCCAAGGCCCAGGGGCUGCACAAGCAAGACCACGAUUACGUCUUCGAGGGCCAUGUGACGCUCCCCAAAUGCUCACUGUGCCUGCAGGAUUAUUCAAAAGAUCACUUCCCCAAGGCGCUGAAGUGCGGCUUCGUCAUGUGCUCCCUUUGCUUCGCCCAGAGAAACGAGGAAGAGCGCCCGAAAUGCCAUUUUUGCGCAAUGAAUUUCUGGGAGCACGGCGAUGAUCAUCUCACCCGCGUCUAUGAUCGUUUCCUGAAUCGGCUCUAUAUCCAUAAUGCUACGCCUUUGCCGGCCGUGCAUAGGGAGGAACAACAGCACGGCGAGGAGAAUCCGGAACAUGUAGCUGAACAUGCCGAGAAUCCUGAGCACGUUGCUGAGCACGAGGAAAAUCCUGAACCGGCCGUGCAAAAUGAGGAGAAUCCGGAUGCCAACAACAAUGAGCAGGGAAAUGGAGUGGUAGACGAACAGCCACCAGCUAAGAAAGACAUGGAAAGGACGGUGUCGAUGAGCUGUGAAACUUGUUUCGUUCCGAAAACUGUCGAGGACGUCUUCAAAUGCACGGAAUGUGAUUUGCGCAUUUGUGGCACGUGUGCUUUUCGCUAUCAUUCGGAGCAUCGAGACUCGGUCGUUGCCAUUCUCGGCCUCGAAAUCCUGAAGUUGAAGGAUGACUUGCUGGCGAACUUGCACAACGUCUUCGAUUGCUACAACCGCGAUUUGCGCCAGCACAGCGGGCAACUGAUCAAGGCCAUCAGUGUGCUCAUACAGAAGACUGAAGGUGUAGCUGACCGUUUGAAGGACCAGAAGCAAAUGUGCUUGGCCGAAGCGAUCGUCCAGCGGCUCAUCAACAUGUCGGCUGAUUUCGAGAACCAAUGCGAAGAGCUGACCCCGGUGCUGCGCAAGGUUAUUAACCAAAUUAAGGAUCUGUCGGACUCCUUGACU